AGAAAUCCCAAUUUGGCAUCUUUUUCUUUGUGCUCCUUUUAUGUCGCUUUUGUCUUUCAUGGUCUUCGAUGGAAACUCCUUUUGUCCCCUCUCCCUCUCCCUUUCCGCAGAUAUACGUAUUUUAGCGGAAGUUUGUGAGUGCAAGAAGUCAAGAACAGCGAGAGCUUGCUUCAUCAGAAAGAAAAAGGGACGUGAGUCUAUAUUAUUGGAUGGAGGAGUUGCACCGAGCUUGAAUCACCCACUCACUCCCUAGUCUGCCUACAUGUGCUAGAUGUACAAAUGGGUUCGGAGCAGAAUAGAUUUGCUCCGCCGCUUUUACAGCAGCCGCUGCUAGAGCUGCCUCCUCCGCCGCUCCCUCGUCCGUCUGGGCACAAAAGAUGGGUUGGAUGUUGGAGUGGAUUGUCUUGUUUCGGCAAACAAAAAGGCGGAAAGCGUAUAGUACCUUCUUCUCGUAUCCAAGAGGCCAAUUCAUUGGCAAGUAGACCUCUAGUGGGGGUUGUGAAUAGUAAUAAUACUACUACUGGACUGGCGCCAUCACUUUUGGCCCCGCCUUCUUCGCCCGCGUUCUUUUCUAAUAAUAAUUCGGCACUUCCUUCAACAGCUCAGUCACCAAGGUGUUACUUAAGUGCCAACUCCCCUGAAGGUCCAUCGUCAACUAUGUUUGCUACGGGUCCAUAUGCCCAUGAGACUCAACUUGUAUCUCCUCCGGUGUUCUCUACGUUCACAACUGAGCCAUCUACUGCUCCUUUUACCCCUCCACCAGAAUUAGCUCAUCUGACUACACCAUCUUCUCCAGAUGUUCCUUAUGCUAGAUUCCUUUCCUCUGUGGGUAUUAAGUCCGCUGAGAAGACAAACAUCAUUACUACUAGUGAUCUUCAAUCAGCCUGCUCUUUAUUUCCAGAGAGCCCUGCUUAUAAUAAUAAUCUCAGAUCACCUGCUUCAAGGACCACUGGUGACUUCUUGCCAUCACCUUCCAGUGAACGAAAUUUGCCUUCUUCUGUUGCUCUACAAAAGCCACGAUCUGAUUCAGGCAGGCUCGAUGGACUGGAAACAGUGGGCACCUCUAAAACGCCAUAUGAUUCAAGUUUCUUCUGCCCGGCUACAUUUGCUGAAUUCUAUGAUCAAUCAUUAUUUCCUCAUUCAGGAGGGAGGCUGAGUGUUUCUAAGGAGUCUGAUGCUUAUUCUAAUGCUGGAAAUGCGCAUCAAAGCAGGCAGAGUAAAAACUUCAAGCAAGAGGCAGACGAGAUUGAAGCUUACAGAGCAUCUUUUGGUUUCAGUGCUGAUGAAAUAAUCACUACUGCCCAGUAUGUGGAGAUUUCUGAUGUCACAGAUGAUUCAUUCCGUAUGAUGCCCUUUGCCUCUGAUAAUGGUCAAGGACAGGAAAAUGUACAGACUGUGUCAAACGAUAAGACACAAGCCAAUGAAAUCGACUCCACUUCACAAUGCUGUAAAUCAAGCUCCAAUGAUGCUGAUUUGCCGGACAGUCAUUUGAAAGAUAAUUGUUCAAAAACAUGUCGUAGUAAUGCCUCUAGAGCCAGUUCACAUGAGUAUCGCGUUGUGAGCGAAGAUGAGGAUAUCUUCUCUAAGAUGGGGAAUUCGAGACUUUGUAGGAAAUAUCCCCAUGGUUCAUCCAGUUCUGAUGCGGAGAUUGAGUACCGAAGGGGUAAAUGUCUGAGAGAAGGCAAAAGCUUUGCCGGGUGGCAAGAGUAAUUGCCGGAUACUUGCUGGUACUUCUGAUGCUUUAAUUCUUUAAACAUUUUGGGGUUGAGCUUUUAGUUUAACUUUUGCACUUGCUCAGUUUGGCGUUUGAUACUUUUAUCAGAUCACUUGGGGAAUGAAUCUACUUUGUCCCUUUAUUUGAAGUUUUUAAUUAUAUGACAGUUGUACGUAAUUGCAUAAUAUACUCAAUGAAUUGAAGGAGUCUAG